AUGGUUCCCGAGUCACCAGAGGUACCUGAGGCACCAGAGGGACCUCAUAUUGAUGUGCCAAUGCCACCUCGGGUUAUUGAGGCUGACGAGUCAGGGUCAUCUCAGGUUGCUGAGGCUGAUGAACUAAUGCCACCUCAAGUAUUUAGAGGAGGCCCUAUAGAGUUGUCAUUGUUGUCUCUUUAUUCGAACCAUACUGCCAAACAUAUCUGGAACAAAGAGGACCGUGAUCCGCUAAAAAUUAUUAACCAUGCGUGGAAGAUUACUGGCUUGCCUCAGCCAACUGACAAGUGGUUUCAGGCUGCUUUGUCUCUAUUUGGGAUGAAGGACUUGUGCAAGACCAAUUGUGUUACGGUUAACCAAGGUAUGCUUAAUGCAUUCGUGGAGAGAUGGCACACUGAGACGUCAUCAUUUCAUAUAACACUUUGUGAGAUAUCUAUCACACUCGAUAAUGUGUCGUGUUUGCUGCAUCUUUCGAUUGGGGAGAAACUUCUAGAUCAUGGGAGGAUUAGCAAAGAUGAGACACUUAAGUUGAUGGUAGACUAUCUUGGACUUGACCUAGAGGCUUCCAUGAGGGAGAUGGAAAAAACCAUAUGGGCUCAUGCUAGGUUUGAAUUCCUGAAAAAGGUUGCCCUAGUAUCUGGUGGUCUGAGUUCCAAUUGGAAAAAACUUAGCUUCGUGUAA